AUGAAACAUCCUCCCCUUCUAACUUUUUUUCUUCUUUUGUUUUUCAUAAUACAAUGUAAUAUGGCAUCAUGCUUUCAAUUAAAUACUACACCCUUUUUUCUUAAUAACCAAAAAUUUACAUCACGCGUACAUAAGUGCGGCAAUAAAAGGGCAAUACCUAGGUUAGAAAAAUCGUUAUCACUCAAUGGAAAAUCCUUAAAAAGGUCAAGUGUAGAUAAAAGCGAUGUGUAUGAAAAUAUAAAAAAUUUUGUUUUAAAUAAUCCUUUUUCCAACAGAAAUGAAAAUAAUAAUAAUAACAGGAGCCUGGAUAAGCUCUUUCCUAACUUUGCUUCAAGCCCGGAUGUUUGGGAUGAAGUACCUAUUAAUGACAUGAAUAAUAAAGAUGUUACACACCUAAUAAAUUUUUUGUAUGCAGAAUAUAAAAGAGCAUUUGUACUCAUUGAUGAAAAAAGAAAGAAUGCAGAGAAUACUUUUAAUUCAGAAAAAAUAAAAUCGUUGUUUCUUUCCUUGGGGUCAAUUACAGUUGAUAGCAUGAAUAUAGAUGAAUUCUUUAAGUAUAUAGAAAGUUAUUCUAUUUUAUUAAAAUACUGUAAAGAUAACUACGUCUCUUUUAGUUUUAUUAAAAAUGAAAUAGGGAAUAUAAUGAACGCAAUCAUAAAGCAUUCUCAGAAUUAUUUACAUGACAAACACUUAUGUGACAAGAUGAAAAACGAAUUUGUCCUUACUUACGAACUCAUUAAAGACAUAAAAAAGAAUGAUGCAAUAAACGUAAAUGUUAAAAAUUUCUUCUCUGUUCUAAAUACUAAUGCACUUUUGAAUAACAAUUAUAUAUUUUGUUUCCUAACAGAAAUAUUCUCCACGUUCAAUUUAUUGGUGAGAGAUAGCCCAGAUUUGAUUCAUUAUUAUGAACAUAUAUUAAAUUCCCAUUUCUUCUUUAUAACAAUUUUUUCAUUAUAUUCUUACAAUAUAAGUAAAGCUCGUUUUUACUAUUUAAUGUUGUUAAUCCAUAAUCAAAUAAAUUUGGAGAACUUUAAAGAGAGAGGUGCAAAAUAUGAUGAUAACUUAAAUUACAAUGAAUAUAAGAGUUAUAUAUUUGACACCAUUUUUGAGAAAGAAAAAAGGGAGUAUGAAUUUAUUAAAGGAAUUAUUAUAAAUAACAAAAAGGGUAGUAAUGAUGAUAUGGAAAAGGGAAAUAAAGCGUGUAAUGAGAACUUAAGUAAAAACCAAAGCAAUGAGAAGGAAGUAAAAGACAUUACCCUGAAUAAUAAGGAGUCGUUAGUCAAGGGGUGUAAAAGAGCACAAUUUAAAGAGCUGUAUGAAAAUACAUAUAUCAAAAUUUUAUUAUUUUAUAUUUUCUUUUUUUUCAGUGAUUACUAUUUUUGUAUUAUUAUUUUAUUAAAUUUUACGAAUUCAAUAAAGGACAUGAAGAAGGACAAUCGCUUAACCCAAAUUACCAAUUAUUUAUUUUUUCUAUUGUUAGACAGUUUAUACCCAGUUCGAGAUUAUUUUAAUAUAAUCUUGCUUUUAAGUUUAUAUAAAAGGAAUUUUAACAGUCUUCAAGAUAAAGAUUUAGGUGACAUGAAGAAAAAUUUUAAUUCAGUUACAAAUGACAAUACACAGAAAGAAAUUUCUGGUGGUAUGUCUAAAUUACUUUUAGAAAUUAGUGAAUCGAUUAAAAACGUGGAGAAUGAAAGGGGUAGUGUGGAUAAAAAUAGUACAAAUAAUUUUAACGAGAACAAAAAUUCUUGUCAAUAUGUACACACGAAUAAUCUAAUUUUGGAAAAGGGCAAUAAGGAAGAAGCCAUCGAAUGCAACUUUGAAGGGAUUACUGAGGAAAAUGGAAAAUCAGGAGUUCACAACGAAGAAAGCAAAGAUGAUGUAACCUCAAAGGAUUCGAAUAGUAUGACAGACAUGUUUAAUAAAUAUCUAUUACGUCUUCUAAAAAACAAAGCAUAUGAUAAAAUUGAACGCUUAGAAAAAAGAGAUAAUUUGUAUGUAAAUAACAAAACAUAUAGUUUGUUUAUUAAAUCAUUUUUAAGUAAUCAUAAAUAUGACAGAGUAUAUAAGGUUUACAAGAAAAUGAAAGCAAAGAAAAGUAUUCCUAUAAAAUAUUUAAACGUCAAAAAUUUGAUACACAGUUUUAAAAAUUGUGAUGUAGACAAAGGUGACGUGUUGAAUGAAUUAAAUCUAAUUAAUAAAUCUUAUUUAAAUUUAUAUUUCUCGAAAGACGCCUAUUUCGUACUAACGAAAACGUUGAUGUACAAACAUAUGUGUGAUUUUUUAAAAAAAAAAUGUGAUAUGAAAUUGUUUAUUGAUAUUUUUAACUUUAAUGAACUUUUAAAAUAUUUCAUAAAAUUUAAAAGUUUUAUUAAUAUAAAAAAAUUAUAUUUCCUCCUACUCAAAUAUUCGUAUAUUAAAACGUACAAAACGUAUUUAAUCUUAAUAAGAUUUUUCAACAAUAUAAAUUAUGAAUCUGAUAAUAGAAUAGAUCAGAAAGAGGGAAAAGCAGUAGAGGGUAUGGCGGAGUGUUCCUGGAUAGAAAGAUUGAAAGAAGACGAAAAUGAAGCAAAUGAUGCGAAAGAUCCAUUUCAGAAGAACGUCAAACUUUAUAAAGAUAUAAUAAACUUAAGAAAGAAUCAGUUGUCCUAUUACAUUUUCCAUGGAAAAGAUUGGGAAGAGAAUUUUAAUUUAUUUAAUACAAUUUACAAUAUUGCAAAGAAAGAUAAAUAUGAAAUUAGUUUAUUCAUCUUAAGUAAUUUUAUCACGGAAUAUAUUUUUAUGGAUUAUGGUUCAGAUGAUAUACUAGAGAGUGAAUUGACAAACAUAAAUAACAUACUAAACAUAUUUUUUGAGGCAAUAAACCUAUUUUUUUACAAAGAGAACUAUAGAAUAACUGUGAAUAUAUAUUUUUUUUUGCUGUUAUUUUUAAAUUAUUAUGUAACAAGGUAUGCAAAAAAGGAUUUAAGAUAUUCUACUUUUUUAAAAAAGAACACCUUAAAUUUUUUUUUGUCCAAUAAUUAUGAAGUGAUUAAAAUAAAUAAAGAUAUCAUAUAUUCCUAUAUACCAAACUUCAUAUUACAUAUUACAUCAAUGUCUGUAAAUCACUUAAAGAAUGCUCAUAAUUUGAAAGAAAUUGUUUCAAUGGAAUUACCAUAUGAUUUAAAUGAUUUUAACAUAAAUGUCAUUACUACUCCAGAAGUGAAUUGCAAAAAAAUAAUAUCUAUAUUUUUACUUUUGAAGAACAAUUUAAUUUUGUGUAAUGUGUCUAUGGAGAAAGAUCUAUAUGAUAAACAAAAAAGUAAUGAUAAGAAAGGUAUGCAAAGUGUGAGUGUUCCUACGAAAAGAAGAAACUACUUUUAUAAGGAUGUAAUUGAAAAACAUUACAAUGAUGAAAACCAAAACACUGAAGAAAAUUUCACAUCUGAUUCGACGUCUAAGAAUAUUGCUAAUAUAUUUGUGAAGCUAAAAUAUACAAUUGGUUCAGAUAAAAUAAAUGAAGAUUCCUUAAAAGAGUUUUUAUUCAAGAAGCUGAAAAUGUAUGUAAAUAACAAAAAUAUAGAUUCCUUAAUUAACACAUUGAGGGAUAUAUUUUUUACGUAUAGCAAUAUCAUAUAUUUAAAUUCGAGGGAUUUUCUUUAUAUUUAUGAAAACCUUAGUUGGAUUUAUGACAGUACGCUAUCUGCCAUAAGCAUUGUAUUUUUCAUCGAAAAUAAGAAAAAUGUCAAAGGGCCUAAUGCUGGUUCUACUACUACUACUGCUACUACAAGUACUACUACUUCUGCAUUAAAAGGUGAGCAAACCCCAGGGGGUGACAAGAACGAAAUAAACAUUCAUGAAUAUAUUAACAUGUUGAGGUCCAUGGAUAAGACAUAUUUUAAGGACAUCCUAAAUAUUCCUGCUGUGCGUAAACUUUUAAAGAAGUACGAAACUUUUAUUCAUAUGUGUUUAUAUUUUGAUUUAAAUAAAAAAAAAGUAGACAACGUUAUAGCUCUGUUGGAAAUGUCAAGGAAGUGUGACAUUCUCGUAAGCACAGAAACGCUGAUAGACGUUUUUUCCCUUUAUUUCGAAAAAAGACUGAACAAUUUAAUAUUUAAAGAAUUCGAAGUAUUUUCCUUAUCAGAGGAGACAACUAAUUUCAAAUUAUAUUACACCGUAAUGAAGGCAGCAUUUUUUGAGGUAAACACUAGAGUAGCCCUGAAGGUUUUCAACACUGUGCUAAAUUCACUUGACAUAAAACGAAUUCCAUUGAAUUUCUUUGAAUGCAUUUUAUUAAUUUUGAAAAAAAAAGGGAAACACAAAGAUUUAUAUCAAUCAAUUGAUAGAUUACAUAGGGAGCUAAUAAAAUUUGAAAAGAAUAAGGAGUUUUCUAAUUUGGAAAAAUUGACAGAAGAUAUAAAAAGUAUUUUACAAAAGUGCAAAGCAGAAAAGCACUUUUAA